ACAAAAACUACACCAACAACAACACAUCGACAAUGCAUCAGCCAGCUGCUUGAAGCACCGACCCAGUCCAGUCCACUCCACUUCACAUUACUUCCCUAUCCUCGACGAGGAGCGACGUGCGGCGAUUGGAUAUAAAUAAUAAUAAUAAUUGCAAAUAAUUCGUUUGGAAAAGUUGAAGUUGAUCAAUUGAUUACACUCACACAUACAAACAUAAACACAAACACACACACACAUAUACAGAUCGAUUCAGUCAUAGGACCAUGGACUGGGCUGAAGGGGAUCUGGUGUGGUUUGAUCCGGGCGUGGGUCAUCCCAUUCCCGGUGAAAUUCAGGAAGUACAUCGCGCCGCCCAAGUGAUUGUCGUCCAGGCCAUGAUAAAGGGCAAGGCACAAACGUUUGCCCUGCAGCCGGGUGAGGGUAGCCUGCGAGCGCGUCAGGAUCUGGGCAGCAGUGGCGUGGAGGACAUGACUCUAUUGGAUGACCUCCACGAGGCAUCGCUGCUGUGGAAUCUGCGACUGCGCUACGAUAAGGGACUGAUCUACACGUUCGCUGGCAGCAUUCUGAUCGCCGUCAAUCCCUACAAGAUGUUCCCCGACGCCUACGGCCUGGAGGUGGCCAAGCAGUAUGCUGGUCGACCACUGGGCGCAUUGCCACCACAUCUGUUUGCAAUUGGAGCGGCGGCACAUGCGGCACUCCCCUCGCCCCAAGUGGUGGUCAUAUCGGGCGAGUCUGGGUCGGGCAAGACGGAGUCCACCAAACUGGUCAUGCAGUAUCUGGCGGCGGUGGUCCCCGGUGGCGGCAGCGCCUCGGCCGUCAUCACAGAACAGAUACUCGAGGCGGCCCCACUGCUGGAGGCGUUCGGCAAUGCGAGAACCGCACGCAACGACAACAGUUCGCGUUUUGGCAAAUAUCUGGAGGUCUAUUUCAAGAGUGGCGCCAUUGUCGGUGCCAAGAUCACACAAUAUCUGCUGGAGAAGUCACGCAUUGUCACCCAGGCGCCCGGCGAGCGUAACUACCAUGUCUUCUACGAGAUGCUCGGCGGCCUCAGCGAGACCGAACGUGCCAAAUACGGUCUGCUCGAGGCGGACAAAUAUUUCUAUCUGAAUCAGGGUGCCACCGACUGUGCCAGCGGUCGUGUCGAUUGGGCCUCCCUGCUCAGCGCGAUGCAGGUGCUCGGCGUCACCGAAGGCGAACGCGAGGGCAUUGUACGAGUGCUGGCCGCUGUGCUGCAUUUGGGCAACGUGUACUUCCAUCGACGGCAGCUGCGACAUGGCCAGGAGGGUGUCGAAAUUGGUUCCGAUGCGGAAAUCAAAUGGGCCGCCCAUCUGCUGCAUAUUAGCGCCGAGGGCAUGCAUCGUGCCCUGACCAGCCGAACAACAGAGGCGCGGGCAGAGCGUCUGCACACUCCGUUGGGCAUUGACCAGGCACUGGAUGCGAGGGAUGCCUUUGCCAAGGCACUCUAUGCGGGCCUCUUCAACUGGCUGGUGUCGCGCAUCAAUUCGAUUGUGCAAAAGGGCGGCACCCACGAUGCCCAUCGCAUCAGUAUACUGGACAUUUUUGGAUUUGAGGAUCUUGCGGAGAAUAGUUUCGAGCAGCUGUGCAUCAACUAUGCCAACGAGAAUCUUCAGCUCUAUUUCAAUAAGCAUGUCUUCAAACUGGAACAGGCGGAAUACGCUCGCGAGCGUCUCGAGUGGACACCACUCGCCUGGGACGAUAAUCUGCCGGUCAUUCAUUUGCUGGCCAAGAAGCCCGUUGGCAUUUGCCAUUUGCUCGACGAUGAGUCAAAUUUUCCGCGCGCUACCGAUUUGAGUUUCUUGGAGAAAUGCCACUACAAUCAUGCCUUGAGUGAGCUAUAUGCCCGUCCCAGAAUUGGUGCCCAGGAGUUUGGAGUUACUCACUAUGCGGGCCAGGUGUGGUACUGUGUCGACGGUUUUCUCGACAAGAAUCGCGAUGCAUUGCGCGGCGAUGUUCUCGAACUGCUGGCCACCAGUCGCCUGCCUUUGGUCAGUGAGCUGACCAAACAGUUGCGCGCCCAGCGAGACGCUGGCAAAACUCUGCCCAAGGGCAGCAACGGACGCUUUGUCACAAUGAAGCCACGCACACCAACGGUGGCUGCUCGCUUUGCCGACUCACUGCAGCAACUGUUGCAAUCGAUGGGCCGUUGCCAUCCGUGGUUCGUGCGCUGCAUCAAGCCCAACCAGGAGAAGCAACCGUUGCGCAUGGAUAUGCCAUGUGUGCUGCAGCAGCUGCGCUAUCUGGGCAUGCUCGAUACCAUACAGAUUAGGCAGCGUGGCUAUCCGGUCCGUUUGCGUUUCCAGCACUUUGUCGAGCGCUAUCGCCACCUGUUGAGCUCACCGCUCGCCCGGGGCACACCGUAUCGUGAGCUGUGCCGCCUGCUGCUCGAGGCGAUGCCACGCACCGGUGUCGAGGGUCCCGACUAUCAGCUGGGCGCAACGCGUGUCUUUCUCCGCGAGGCCCUCCAUCGGGCACUGGAGAGCGGACGCACGGAGCGAUUACGUCAGGCGGCCGUUCACAUUCAGCGACAUGUGCGCGGCAUGCUCGUGCGGCGUCAGCUGACCCGUCGCCAGGCGGCUGCCACCCGGCUGCAGGCGCGUUGGCGUGGCCAACGUCAGCAGCAGCGAUUUGAGCAGCUGCGUCAUGGCGCACGCACCGCGCAGCGGUUGUGGCGCGGCAAGCAAGCGCGUCGACGCGUCCAGCAGUUGCGCUCCGACCAUCGGCGCCGGCAGGAGGCACGGGAGGCGGCGCAGCGGGCGCGUGAGGCACGCGAGGCCAAACAGGCGGUGCUGGAGCGCAGCCAGCUGAGCUAUCUGGAUAUACCCGCCGAGCUGGCCUUCAUCUAUUCGAAGCUGCAGGGCUGGACGCCGCCGCACAAUGAUCGACAUCUGGUCAAGGUGCUGGGCACAGUGCCGGGCCCGCCAGCAGCUGGUGCUCAACUGCCGCCGGACCUGGCACAGUUUAGUUUUGGAAAAUUCAGCAGCGUUUACUGCAACGGGUUGCGGCUGCAACCACGUCGUGAGCCGAUUACGGCACCGCUGUUAACGCGUGCUGCGUCCCGGGAUCAGGACUUUCAGGAUGCGCUCGCCGUGUUCAAGCUGAUAUUGCGCUGGAGCAACGACAAGGCGCUGGAGGGCGAGGGCGCCAAGGAGAAACUGCUGUCCGACUAUAUUGUGCACAAGGCGCUCAGCUCGCGGGGCCUGCGCGACGAGAUACUCGUUCAGCUCUGCAAUCAGCUGCACGGCGCCGAGCCCCAAAUGGCCGCCCGUCUCUGGCAGCUGUUGGGCCAGUGCCUGUGCUGUUUCCAGCCGAGCGCCGCCUUUAGCAAGUAUCUGCUGAAGUUUGUCAGCGAUGAGGCGCCGCCAUCGCCCACGCGACAGCUGCUCCAGCGCCAGCUGUUGCGUCAGCAGACAAAUUCACCGGGUGGCAAUGGUGCCGGCGCCUGUCGCAGCUUUGUGCCGGCUUGGAUCGAGUGGCGCGCCUGGUCGCGUGGCUGCGACAUGGCACUGCCUCUGACGUUGCCGGAUGAGGCCAGCCAAACGGUUGCUGUCGACUCGUGGACCAGUUGCGAGGAGGCUGCCGCUUUGGCUGUUUCCACAUUGGGUGUGGCCAGUCGCGGCUGGACACUGGUGCUCGACGAUGGCCAACAGCUGACGGAUAGCUGUGGCUUGGACUAUGUCAUGGAUCUGAUUGCCGAGAAGGAGCUGUGUCCAGCGUUUCCCGCGCCACGCAGCGAUCUGUUGCGUUCGGGCGCUAAGUUUACGCGUACCAAUCUGCCGGAGGCCGUCAAACGACCGGGUGUGCCGCCACCGGCACCACCCAUUGGUGCUGCAGCAGCUGGUGCAUCUAACAAGCAGCAGCGCGAAUUGCAUGAUGAUGACCAGGAGGAGUCAUCCUCAUCCCAAUCACAAUCGCAACAGCAGCUGCAGCAGCAGCAGCAACAGCAGCAGCAGCCGCAGCGGCGCAGCAGUCGAGAGCUGCUCUCACGUAGCUCGGCACUCAAUGAGCGCUAUUUUGAGCGGACGAGCGAGGAGCCAAUUACGCCACAUCUAUUGCCUGGGGCACAGUCCAAGUCACGCUCCAAGUCGCUGGAUGAUCUGCUCGCCGGAGAUAUGGGCAGCCAACAGUUGCCGCUGCCCGACAGUGAUUCGCAGGAGUCACCGCUGCACACGCUCGCAUUGGGUCUCUCCGAGAGUCGGCUCAACGAGCGCUACCAUUCCGCGGAGCGACUGGCUCCGAUGGGCAAAGAGACGGCGCCACGUUAUCAGAAAUCCCAGCAUGCCGGCCGGCGUUCACAUGCCGCGUCGCACGGCUCCGCCCAUUCGAGCAAGUACAACAUGGACAAGUCGGAGUAUGCGACCCGAUCGUCGGCCAUGUCGGACACCAGCGAAGCACCAUCUCUCGCUUCCCAUGUGCGACGCGUCCGUGUGCCCUCGCAGGCCUCCGAUGUCGAUCAGUUUCUGGAUGAUCUGUUCAGUCCCGUGCUCGAUGGCUCACUCGAUGAGCUCUCCGAUGCCCGAUCCCUGGCCGCCAGCAUUCGUGGCGGCGCUAAAAAGACGACCGAUCAAUUUAUGGAAGAUUGUCUGCCAGUGGAGCAUGCAGUAUGCUCUGCUGCCACACAGGCAACCACAGAUGUGCAACAAUUUAUAUUUGACGACGAUGAUAAUCUGGAGCAGUUUAUUGGUGACACAUUGUUGCCACUGGACGAUGCGGUGUCCACGCUCGCUUCCCAGCGACAUCUGGUGGAAUGCAUUAAGGGUGGCGGCAGCACGGAGCACAGCAAUGCCGCUGCCGAUCCUCUGAUGCAUCAACUGAUGCAUCAGUUGCCGGGUGGCGAGCCGGAUGCGGCACCAGCCGCUCUCUAUCAGCAGCAGGUGCAGCGCGCCUUUCUUCAAUCUGCCAUGGCGCAGAAUCUGCAGAUUCAGCAGCAGCUCCUCGCCCAGAAUCAGGCGCUCCAAACGCUGCUUAGCCAGCAGGCCACAGGCAACCAGGCUACCAACAACAACAACAACGCCAACAACAUGGCACAAUUGGGUAGCAGCAGCAAAUCACCAUCACCAUCGUCAGUCGGCCAAUCGCCGCUGCGUAUGAAGACCACAACCACAAUGAUGACGACGACGAGGAGCAGCAGUCUGGUGUUGGAGGCAGCCGCUGGGUUACAGCCACCAGCACCACCGCCACCGCCACCGAUGCCGCCGCCGCUGGAGAGCAAGGAUCCGUCCGAGACGCGACAUUUUCUCGAUCCUUAUGGCCGUGCCAAGACGGUGCGGAUCGGCAAGUGGCGCUGGCCGCCGCCACAGGGUGAGCCCCAGUUCCAGACCGAGGAGGAUUUCUUUGCCUUCAAGUUGCGCCAGCAACAGCGCAAGACGACGCCCCAGUCGCAGCAUAGCGCAAACAAUGCCACCGCCAUCGAGUGGGAGGAGUUCGAGAUUGAGUCGUGCAAGAGUGUGACGCCUCCCGGGAUCGGUGUGCCGCUAGCGAGCAGUAUGCAGCAGCUAAUGCGAAGAAGUAUGCGGCUGGAUGCCAACGGAUCGGGAACAGGUCGAGAUCUUCAGGAUCUACAGGUGCAAUCCAAUCAAGCGCCAGCAGCGAAUGCGACAACAACCACAACAACAACAACGACAAUCACAGCCACAAAGCUGGCGAAGAAGAGCUUCGAGAUUGGCGCUGAUCGUCCGCCGCCAGGCAGUGUCGGCAAACUGAAGCUCAGCUCGGAGAUGCGUCAGCGUUUGGAACAGGUCACCGCCGGGCAUUCGGUGCGCUCGACCGUCUCCAACAAAUCGGAGCAGCGUGCGCCGGCCAAGCUGGAGGAUACGCGCAAACUGAUGCUGCAACAGCAGUUGGGCGGCCUCUUUGCCAGCGCCAAUAACCAGACGGGCAAUGCACCCACCCACGACUCCAUGGCGACGGUGCGUACCCAGAUCGAACGGAUGGAGGGCAAAUUGUCACCACCACCGCCGGCACCGCCGAGCGCAUGGAUGCCGAAUGUGCUGCUGCCACCGGCGCCCAGUGUGCCAGCACCACCGCCACCGAUACGGCCGCCGAGUAUGGCGCCACCAGCACCGCCGCCGGCACCACAGAGCCCGUCGGUGCAUCAUGGCACCGAUGUGGACGAACCGGAGCCGGAUUAUCGCAAGGAGCAUGUGCCGGCGUUUAUACAGCGCCAAGAAAGAGAUACCUUUGGUGCGGUGCGUCAGCCGCUGCACCACCUGCAGCAACAGCAGCAGCAGCAACACGGCCAGCUGCACCAUCAGUCGCUGCAACAGCAAUCGAUGCAAUCGCUGCACCACCACCAGCAGCACAACAACAACCAUCACCACCACCACCAGCAGCAGCAGCAGCAACAGCUGCAUAUGCAGGAGCAGGCCUGGCAGCAAGAGCUGCAAGCGGAACGGGAACGUUCGCGGAGUCGCAGUCGGUCGCGGGAUCGCGAGGAUUACUCGGAGUCCGUGUGGGAUCGGGCCGAGGUCGAGGGCCCCGCCUCCGGCAGCGGCAGUGAGAAGGAGCGCGAGAAGCGCGAACGGGAGCGUGAACGGCUCUACGAGCUGCGGCAGGUGGAGCGCGAGAAGGAGAGUCACAAGGUCUAUCAGCCGGCGCCGCCGCGCGUCAUUCAGGCCAGCCUCGACACAGCUGGAUCCAAGGUCAGUCGGGAGAGGGAGCGUGAGCGCGAGCGCGAACGAUCUCGCGACAGGGAGCGGGAACGAGAACGGGAACGAGAUCGGGAACGGGAACGGGAACGUGAACGAGAUUCAUUGGCUGCAACGCCGGCGACAUUCCGCACGCAUAUGGCCCAGAAAUAUGAGCAUGAGCGCAAACGCAAGAGUUCGGCCAGUUCGGCGGGCGUGCGAGAGGAUCUGUUGGAUGCAUCCAUGUCGCCGGUGGUGGUGGUGCCAGCGCCAGUGCCGCCGCCACCAGUAACGCCCACAUCAUCCUCGAUGUCGGCAUCGUCGGUGGUGGCCGCAACAGCGGCUGCUGUCACUGGCAGCACCAGUUCCGGUGCCGGUGCCAGCGCCUGUCUCACCUACAAUCGGGUGCCAUGGAAGUUGCGGGUGCGGAAGGAGGUAUUCCAGCCGCACGAGCCGAUCGGUCCGCCCGUUGCACUCGAUCUGCUGUUCGCCCAGGUGCUGAGCGAUGUGUUUGGCGUGACGCCCUGUCUCCGCAUAACGCCGCAGGAGAAGAAUGCCGCUUUGAAUAUGCUUCACGGACACGGUGUCAGCGUGGACACCUUGGCUGCCCGCAAUCAGCAGGUGCGCGCUCUCGUCAAGCGUCAUCUGGUCGACAUGGCGCGCGACUGGCCGCUGUACUUUGCCCGUCUGUUUGCGGUGCAAGGUGCGCCACUCUAUCCGGAUGUAUCCAUUAUGGGCGUAUCGCACAGCGGCCUCUAUUUGGCGCGACGCGAUGCCGACUAUCUGAUUGUGGUGCAGGCCAUCUCGUUUGCCGAGAUCCAGAAUGCCGUUACGCUGCCACGCCCCGCCGCCCUGCAGCUCAAUCUGCGCAACGGUAAACAUCUGGCACUGCAUGCCACUCGCGCAGCCGCCAUCCAAUCGAUGAUCACCGGAUUUGUCCUCGAGUACCGCAAGUCACAAUCGAAGGCAUCGACACUGUCAUCGGGGGCACGUGCCGCCGCCCAAACGUUGAACGUGCCGCUGGAUCGUCUGGAGCCGCGACAGGCUCAGCAUGCCCAGCAACAGCAGCGCAACGAGCAUGCUCACUCGAAUGGCGGUGGCGAUGCCACAAUCGAGCAACAUCAUCUGCAGCAGCAGCAAGUGGAGCUGCAUCAUCAGCAGCAGCAACAGCAGCAGCUGGAGGAUGGUGCCGACGAGGAGCAACUCGUGGAGCAACAGCGCUACAUUAAACAGCAAAGCUAUUUGCACUCGAAUGCUGCACGCAAAUCGAAUGCCGGCCAACAGCAGCAGCAACAGCAGCAGCCCAACUCCCUCACCAAUGGACACCAGCAACAGCAGCAGCAACAACAGCAACAACAUGACCUGGACGGCAACUAUAUGCUGCAGGAUGAGCUCAAUGGCAAUGGAACGCCUCCGUCUGUUACCAAGUACUCCCUGCUACAGUUUGCCAUGCAGCACUUCCGCAAUGACCAACUGCGCGACGCCGAUCGCCAUCACGAGCGCCAUCAGUCGUCGUCAUCGUCGUCGGCAGCGAAUCGCUCCUAUGCGGAGCUUGUGAAGUGGCAAGGACACGCGAUACGGCUGCCACUGCUCCGGCUGCCCAAUGAUCUGGCGCCGUUGGCGCUCGAGUGCUUCGACUGCAUCCUGCGCUACUGCGGCGACAUUCCACUCGAUCCCGAGCUCACUGAGGUCAAGUGUGUCUACACAGUUUUAAUGCACUGUCACAAGUAUCUGGCGCUGCGCGACGAGGUCUAUUGCCAGCUAAUGAAACAGACGACGGCGAAUCGUUCGCCAUGCCCGGACAGCUCGCAGCGGGCUUGGCGACUGCUGAGCAUACUCGCUGCUUACUUUGGCUGCUCGGAUGCGCUGCGUCCGUAUUUGAUGGAGCAUCUGACAUCGGCCGCCUCGGAUCGACGUCGCUCGUGCCAUGGCACCGCCGCCGUCUGUCUAACCAAUCUGCGGAAGACGGCCCGCUGCGGCGGACGCAAGAAUGUGCCCAGCGUCGAGGAGGUGACGGCCGUGUCGGCGGGACGGUCGGCUCGUCGCCAGAUCUAUCGGCUGCCCGGCGGUGCGGAACGUGUGGUGAACACACGCUGUUCCACGGUGGUCGCCGAUGUUAUUGCCGAGCUGUGUGCGCUGCUCGGCGUCGAAUCGGAGGCGGAACAGCAGGAGUUCUCGCUGUACUGCAUUGUGCAGGGCGAUGCCUUCACCAUGCCCCUGGCAGCCGAUGAGUACAUUCUGGACGUGACCACGGAGCUGCUGAAAUCUGGCCAGCCAUUCUAUUUGAUAUUCUGCCGUUCCGUUUGGCAUUUUGCGCUCAAACGUGAACCGGCCCCGAUGCCGCUCUACGUGGAGGUGCUCUUCAAUCAGGUGGCGCCCGAUUAUCUAGAGGGCCUGCUCCUCGAGCUGCCCGGCAAUGGGGUGCCCAUGCCGGAAAUGGUGCGCGAUAUGGCGCGCAUUGCAGCGCUGCUCCAUCGCGCCGCCGAUCUGAGUCAUGUGCCGGCAAUGAAGGAGAUCAAGUUUCUGUUGCCCAAACCGGCGCUGGGCAUACGUGAGAUACGACCGGCUCAGUGGGUCGGUCUGGUGCAGUCCGCUUGGCCGCAGGUCGCCAACUUGAGUCCAGGACAGGUGAAGGCGCAGUUUUUAAAUGUGCUCGCCGCUUGGCCCCUAUUCGGCAGCAGUUUCUUUGCGGUGAAACGCAUCUGGGCCGAGGAGGGGCCCCAUGUCGAGGACAAUCAUAAUCCCAUGUGGCGGGACUUAAUCUUGGCCUUGAAUAGACGCGGAGUGCUAUUCUUGGAUCCAAACACACACGAGACACUGCAGCACUGGAGCUUUAUGGAGGUCAUCUCCACGCGCAAGGUGCGCUCGGAGGAUGGCGCCCUCUUCCUGGACAUGAAGGUGGGCAAUCUAAUGCAGCAGCGUGUCAUACGCGUCCAGACGGAGCAGGCGCACGAGAUCUCGCGCCUGGUGCGACAAUAUAUCACCAUGGCCCAGAUCAGUCAGCGCGACAAGCGGGAGCUCAACUAGAUGCAACGAAUAUUACGAAUAUGUCUAUUAUUAUUAUAUCUUCUCUAUAUAUAUAUAUAAUAUUAUUAUCUUUUUUUUUUUUGUUCGCUUUUUAAGUCUUAUACCACAUACAUAUUUAUAAAGUAUGUCCAUAUUAUACCGAUACCUAUAACUAUACCCUAUAUACCUAUAUGCAAAUACAUACAUAUGUAGACCAAGUGGCAGCUGAAAAGUGCUAUUCGGCGGAGAAUCUGGAAGAGGCAGGCUUUUCCUGCAUUCUCUCAAAUUGCUCCACUUCGGCCAUAUUCCAAUUUCCUUUCCCCUUUUCUCAUCCUCUAUCCGUCCGGCUGCAUCACGUACACACACACACACACACAACAUGUUUAUGCUUACUUUAUAUAUCUGAACAAUUUGUGUCCUAAUUUUAAGCAAUAAUAAUGUGCAAUCCCGAGUAUUUGGCCCCGCUCUAUGCACAAUUUGAAUAUUAAUGCACUUCCCUUUGUUAAGCUUAUUUUUUUUUGGAAAACUUGUUAAACGAAAUUCGAUGCAGUUGUAUGUGUGUUUAGUUUAAUGCUUAAAUUAUCAUAAAUAAAUACAAUUCAACG